AUGGAGUCGACGGUGAAAGUCGAGCCCUUGCAGCUCAGCUGGGGCUCCGGGAAGCGAAAGCCAGGGCGGCCCAAAGACAGCGAAGCCGAUGUGCUUGUGGCCUGUGUGGAGGAUUCCGACUCCGAAAACCUGGAGGACCCGACCCAUCCCUUGUCGCGCGUCAAGAAGAACCGCCAUCUACAGACUUCUAUAGCCAAGGCACUCCUGAAGUUCCAGAACGAUAGAAGGAGAGGCUACGAAAGCGAAAAGAUCGAGUACAAGAUCAAGCCACGUCCUCGUCCCACUCGAGAGCUGCCACGGUCCCUCUUUGAGGACCCACGCCAUUUGGCAGACAAGACUGUGAGGGCGAGGGUCGCGCCGAAGAAUCUGCACACCAUCAGGAAAGAUAUCUUCCGGGCAAAGCUUCGUCUCGAUGUCGAGGAAGCCAAGUGGAGCAAGAAGGAGGAGGAGCAGCUGGCUGAUGUCGUCCGACAGCAGCUCAUAGAGGAAGUCUUCCGGGAGGGAUACAGAGAAAGGAUGCAGACGAUGACACCGCGCGAGCGGGGCGAAUGGUUCAUGCAACAGCAACAAGAGCUGACAACGGCGCUUACAAAGGAGCUGUGGAAGAAAAGGAAAUACAGGCUGGAGUGGGAGAAGGUGAAGGAUCGCCACCGAGCAAGGGGCUUUCGAAGGACUGCACGUGAGUGCUACGUGAGGUACAGCGAGAGGCCGGUAGAGCUCAUUUUCGGGGCUUUUAUCGUUUAUAGGGUUUAG